AUGGAGGAAGAAAGUAAGUUAAUAUUUUAAUUUUACGAAGCAAACCCUUAAAAGAGAGAUGGAGGUGAGAAAUUGAGAAUAUUUAGAUUAAAAGAAAAAUGGAAGAAGCAAAGGCAAUGCAGCAGCAGUUAAUCCAAGAACAACAACGACAACAACAUUUUCUGCUCUUACAGCAAUUGCAAAAGCAACAGCAACAACAGCAAGCAUCCGCAAUUUCUCGCUUCCCUUCCAACAUUGAUGCUCACUUGCGUCCCAUAAGACCCCUCAAUCUUCAACAAAACCCUAACCCUAAUCCCAUUCUCAAUUUACACCACAAUCUACCCAACCCUAAUUCAAACCAGCAGCAGCAACACCAAAAGAUUAUUCGACCCCCUGGUAAUCAGAUGGAGCUCCAGAUGGCUUACCAAGACGCUUGGCGGGUCUGCCAUCCUGAUUUCAAGCGACCCUUUUCUUCUCUCGAAGAUGCCUGCGACAGAUUAUUGCCCUAUCAUGUUGUGGCAGAUUAUGAAGCAGAAGAGGAUGAUAGGAUACUUGAUUCCGAUACAACUGGCCAGAUGCUUUCGAGGUCCCAACAGUGGGAUAAUAAUAUUGCUGCUAAAAUAGCUGAAUUUACCGCAACUUUUGAGAAGCAAACACUUGCCUUCAACAUAAUAUCGCAGAAGAGAACUUUGGGGGAAUUUCGGUCCGAGGAGAGACUGAUGAUUGAACAGGCACUUCUUCAAGAGGAAAAACGGGCUCUGAUCGAAUUAAGAGCUGAAUUAGAAACCAGGGAGAAAGCUGGUCGUGAAGCCCACGAGGCUAAACUACGAAUGGCUGCAAUGUAUCAAGCAGAGCAGCAGGCAAGGGCUGAUUCACAAUCUCAUGCUGAAAUGAUGUCUCGAGCCCCCAUUAGAGGGAGUGCACUUGGUUCCCAAGGCAGUGACGUUGUGAUUGGUGGCCAUGACCUAGGAGAUCAGGAUCACAGUGAGAUGAUGAAUGGAUGGGGAAACAAUGCACAGCGAGAUGAGAAGGAGCCGUCUGAGGAUUUCUUGAAUGACGAAGCUGAGAAUGGUGACACUGGCACGCCCGAUGGCUGGCGUGAGGUUGGUGAAUUUGAUUUAAAUGCUAGGUGAGAUGUUUGAAUAAAACCAUUUGAGAUAGUUUUAAUUAUGUGCAAGGAUAACUCCAUUUCAAAAAAGCUUUUUCCUAUGUAUCUACAAGUUAAUAUUCUUGAGAUUACUACUUUCUCAAAUUUACAGGGGCUGAGAGAAGAUAACUAUUGAACCAGUAUUAGAUUGGAUGAAUAGCAAGUUUGCUCUUAACCUAGUGUUAGCGCACAUGGUUGGAUCAUUAUGUCCAAAUCAGUGUUAUAUAAACUCAAAUAUUCAGCCAAAGUGUACCUCGUUAAUAUUUCUGGGAAACUUGACUUUCAUUUACCGUUUAAUAACGCCAUUUGUAUUGGUAAAAAUACUAUAUGAAUUGUAGAUGGUGCGGAUUUAGUUGUAUGAUUGCCAGGGUAAUAUAGGCUACUAGCUAUUCAAUAUGUUUUGGAUGACAUAUUUCUUUCAGGAAUUUAAUGGGAAUACACCGACGGUGUAAAGCGGUGUUACACCGUCAGUGAAUUGUAACCGUCAGAUUUCAAGUUAUGUUUGACUUUUAUUUUAAUUAUAUAUAAAAUAAUAAUUAUGAA